AUGUUCCGCAUACUCGAAUCGCAGGCACCGGCGAAGCAGAAUGCAACGACCACAAUCUCUACCUUAAGUGGGCGUCUACAAAGUGCCACACUUUUAGAGGAUCGAAGAGCAGCGAUAUUAGGGUUGAGAAGUUUUGCAAAAGUCUAUCCAGCCUCUGUGGCAUCUGGGGCUCUUAGGAGCCUCAUUAGCUGCCUUAACAACGAUGUUGAGGAUGUGGACACUACGAAGGUAAUACUAGAAACAUUGCUGAUGCUUUUCAACCCUGAUGAGUCAAGUCCGGAAGCUUCAGAUGACAUAGCUCUCUGGCUUGCAGAUGAAUUCACCCAACGGCAAGAAAAUAUUACAGCUCUCUUGGACCUUCUGGACGCAUACGACUUCUUUUCACGGCUGUACUCGUUACAAUUAAUAUCCGCCAUAUCGUCUGCACGCCCCGAGCGAACACAGGAAUGUGUCUACACAGCUCCUCUUGGUGUGUCUAGAUUGGUUGCUGUACUCGAAGAUAAAAGAGAAGCUGUGCGGAGUGAGGGUUUACUCCUGCUCACUGCACUCACACCGUCCUCGCCAGAUUUACAAAAGCUCGUAGCAUUUGAGAAUGCCUUCGAUCGCAUAUUUGGCAUCAUUGAUUCGGAAGGUGCACUGACACACGGAGGCAUUUCGGUGCAGGACUGUUUGUCUCUACUGGCAAACCUCCUUCGCAUGAACGUCUCGAACCAAUCCUACUUUCGCGAAACAGGAUCCGUGAAGAAGCUCGCGAGUCUCCUGAGUGAGGCUAUUCGCGAACAAGAUCUCCCAGAUGGGGUACCAGAAUGGGCCAGGCCUCAGCGGGACAAAAAUGUUUGGGGCCUUCUCGCUGUCCUACGACUCUUCCUUGUCAGAGGUAGCCUAGGAACGCAAGCAAAUCAAAUGUCGUUCUGGCAAAGUGGGGUAUUGACUCAAGUGCUGGACAUAGCUUUUCGUGAAUCAUUCGACAUCCCGAUCAGAGCAGAGGCCUUGGUCACAGGUGCCGAUCUCAUAAGGUCAAACACCAGCUUACAGGAAGGUUUCGCACAGCGUGAUGUUCUCUCGCCGAGGCAGGAGGUUCUGCAACUCAAUGGUCAUGCUAACGGUCAGGCUCCGCGGUCAACAGUAAACGUUAUAUCCGGUCUCCUUGAUCUGGCCCUUGCGCCAUCUUCCACUUAUGCAUUCGACGUCCGGCUAUCCGCUUGCGAGUGUCUCAAAGCGUACUUGUGUGGCCAUGCAGCAAUACGCUUGCAUUUUCUGCGUAGAGCCAUCGAGGGCCAUACAUCCGAUCAGGUCGAAACAGACAACAUAAUCACAAUUCUUUUAGAUGACCCCGAGUCCUCUCAUGGAGUGGAUCCAUACAGAUCUUGGAUCUCUGCAGUCUUGCUAUUUCAUCUUCUGUAUGAGGACUUUGAUGCGAAGAAUAUUGCCAUGAGUGUUGCCGAGGGCGAUGCCGAAAACGGGGAGGAAGUCAUCACCUGUAUACAGAAGUUGUCAUCGAAUCUCAUUUCAGGUGAACAGAAGCACGAAGACCCAAGGGUGUCUAUUGGAUAUCUCAUGAUUUUGUGCGGGUGGCUAUACGAGGAUCAUGACGCAGUCAAUGACUUCCUCGGCGAAGGCAGCAGUGUACAAAGCAUAGUACAGCUAAUUACACGGAACAGUCCGUCUCGAAUUCUUGUAUCAGGACUGUGCGCUUUCCUGCUGGGCAUCAUCUAUGAAUUUUCAACCAAAGACUCUCCGAUACCGCGAGCUACUCUUCAUCAAAUCCUCACCACCGGCUUAGGGCGUGAACAAUACGUUGAUAGAAUUACUAAGCUACGGGAACAUACCAUGGUCCGUGAUUUCGAAGUGCUGCACCAAGGUUUUGCCUCCAGCCUGCCCGGUGGGCUGCCUGAAGUCUACUUCGACCGGACGUUUGUGGACUUUCUGAAGGACAAUUUCAGCCGUGUCACGAGAGCAGUCGAUCGACCUCCAGGUAUUGAAGUGGCUGUGGUUGCGAACGGAAUCCAGAAAGGUGUCUCCCGCGAGUUGGUCGAUUCACUGAAAUCGCAAGUCGAUGCUGCAGAGCAAACAAUACAGAAGCUCGAGUCAGGGAAGUUGACGCUUGAGCGAAAACUCGGACAAGAGCAGGCCGACCACCGGAAAGCCAAAGACUCUGCUACUGUGGAACUGAGCAGGAUCAAGAACAUUAACGAAGCACUUCAGCGUAAUCACGAAGAAGAUAUGCAAACAACCGUACAAAAGCAUCAGCAGGCUCAGGUAGCGACACAGAGGACACACGAAGCGUCCAUGCAGUCGCUGAAGAGCGAAAUGCAGAGAAAGAGAGAAGCAGCUGAUGCAGACGCUACAAGGGUCCGAACAAGGACUGACGCCGAGAUAGAGGACCUGAAAGCCACGGUUCGGAGGCUAAGAGACGAGCUGGAAAAGUCUAGCAAAGAGCAUGCGCAAGAUCUUCAUAUCGCACAUGAAGACUACUCCACGAAGAUAUCUGCAUUGGAGCUCCGCCUGCAACGCGCAGAAGACAAGGCCAACGAUGCUGAAACGAGAGCCAGUCGUCUGCAGAGCGAGAUUGACAGCAAAGAAGAGGCCAGAAAGUCAGCGCAAACAGAACUUGAUGACAUGCUCAUGGUGCUUGCGGAUCUUGAGGAGAAGAGGUCAAGAGACAAGAAACAUCUCCGGAUACUUGGAGAGGACGUCUCUGAGAGCGAGGAGGAAGAGGUUCCUGAAGGUGGGGACGCCGACGCAUAA